AUGCGGAAGUUGAGGGAUAAUCGUAUCAAGGAGUUAGGGGAGGAAAUGAAGAAAAUGGAAGACCAACUUAAAGAAGAGGAGAAGAAGGUCAAGACGGCUGCUGCUGCAGCGACUGCCGUAACAGCAGCAGCAGACCAACAACAAGCUAAAAUGCACGCGACGGCAUCUACUCAGACGGCAGCAGCAGCAGCAGUAGGUAUGAAGGCUGCUGAAGGGGUGGCUAGUGGUAGUAGUCAACCUGUGACCAGUAGGGUGGUGAGGGAUAAGAGGAACAUUGAGCUGUUGCAAGGCUCAGCUAGGAUACUACAGGAGUAUCGAGUUCAGCUGAGCAAGGCCUUAGUAGCGUUGAGAAAGCCUGUGGAAGGAUCUCAGCCGCCGACUGUUGGAGGAGGGAAACGUAAGCAUCCCGGUGAGGCUGCAGAGGAAGGAGAGGGAGCUGCAGGACCGAGUAGUAAGGUCACCCGUGUGGAGCGGUCAGGAGAAGGAGGAGGAGGUGGCUCUUCGUCGUCAUCUAGCAGUGCUGCUCUAGCAACAACAGAAGUAGCGUCGACAACCACCACUACCACAGGUUCUUCGCAGCAACAACCUCCGCAGCAACAGCCUCCGAGCUCUACAGGACAGGUGGUCGAGGAAGGAGAGGAUAAACCAUCAGACGAGUCUUCUUCUUCCCCUUCUCCGUCCCCAAGUUCGGAGUAG